UAAUCGUGAGACAGUAUAAAAACUGAAGCCCAAGCAACUAAAAACAUAGUUCUUCUUAAGCCGGAAGACGACACAGCCUAAUCGCAAUCUCAUAAAAUGGCAAACCUCAGCAUCGUUCUUUUCGCCUUCCUUCUGAUCGUAGCAGUGGCUUUCGCCGCUGAAACUUGCAGCAAAAUUGGUCAACAUUGCUACACUACCGAAGACUGCUGUAAGGGCUUGCUGUGCCAUAGUUACUUGGCCAAAUGCGUGUCUGGUGGACCACUUGGACCUCAGUAAAUUUAAAUUUUGAUCGAGAUUAGAAAUUUGAUUUAUUAUUGCUAUUUGCUGGUAUUGUACAUUUUAGAAAACAAACAACAGAAGCGUAGGCUAUCACAAACUUAUCGUUAAAAAUGUCCGUUCUUCACUCGAGCGAGCACAGUUCCUUAUUAUUCAAUAAAUAAUUGUUCAAUUUUUAUACAAA